AUGCCGAGGACCAUAGUGUAUUACUUCCCCGAGAGGGCGCUGGGCGAAUGCAUCCGUCUCCUGCUGGCUUACAGAGGCGAGGAGUUCAUAGAUCGCAGGAUACCUCACGAGGAUUGGCCAGAAAUUAAACACAAGAUGCCUUUCGGCGAGAUGCCGGUCCUGGAGAUCGACGGCAAGAAGUACGCGCAGAGUUUAGCCAUCCUGCGCUACCUCGGCCGCAAACACGGCCUCAGCGGACAGGACCUGGAGGAGGACUUUGAAAUCGACCAGAACGUCUACUUCUAUACCGACGUUUGGACUAGAGGCGGUUACGUCUACCACGAGGCGAAUGAAGAGGCGAAAGCGGCAAAUAUGGCAGAGCUGGUAAAGAAUUACUAUCCCUUCGCGCUGAAGAAGUUGGACGAGAUCAUCAAGAAGAACAACGGACAUUUGGCUCUUGGCAAGUUAACCUGGGCAGACUUUUUAUUCGCGGGCAUGUACGACUGCGUUAAGGUGAAACUGCAAAUGCCAGAUCUGGACAAGAAGUAUCCCAGCUUCAAGAAGCUAGCGGAUUCGGUGUACGCUCUGCCCAGGUGCAAGGCGUAUGCUGACAAAGCACCCAAGACAGACUAUUAGUGGCAUUAAGUCUCGUUGGCAACUU